UCGCCGCCAACUGCUUAUCGACCAUGGCUCCUUCCUUCCUCUCGUCGCUCUCGGCUGCUGCUCUACUCUCCAGCGCCGCGCUGCUCGCUCCGACGGCUGACGCGCACCAGGUCGUGCUGCUACCUGCGCCGACCUACACCACGGACGACAAGGCCACCAAGUACGCGCCGCUGGCCUUCCUGGAGAACCAGGGCUACGAGACCGUCGAGGACUUCAACGCGUGGCGCCGCGACAAGGGCUACAAGACCCUGCGCGCCUUCAUGGACGGCGCGUCCUACACGGUGGCCGACGGGGCCGACUACUACUGCGGAUUCACCGACAUCAAGGGCGUCGCGCAGCCCAUUCCGGACGGCACCAUGCGCUCCACGGGCUACACGCACGACGGCCCGUGCGAGGUCUGGCUGGACACCACGCGCGUGCUGCAGUCCGACAACUGCCACGAGACCUUCAGCGGCAAGACGUACGACCUCGACUACAGCUCGUGCAAGGGCUCCUGCACCCUGCGCUGGUACUGGCUGGGCGUGCGCUUCCUCAAGAACGAAUACUCGUGGCAGGUUUACAAGGCGUGCGUGCCGCUGUCCACGUCGGCCAGGCGGCUCGAAGCCGCGGCCAACGAGUCCGCUGCCCUUGAGUUCUAAGGCUAACUCGAAGUUCACGAUCCUGAAGCGGUCGUAGCGUUACUUGUUUGAAGUCAAUCG